AACAAAGAGCCUCCAAAAACUCUCUAGUCAUGAGUUCCAAACCAAAGCUGAGAAAGGAGUGAGUGAGGUCCUCUCUAGAUCAUUUAACAUUGUGGAGGAAGGCACAACAGAUAAGUACCUCCAGUCUGUAUCUACAUCCACCACAUCUACUGAUAUUAUACAAACCAUGGUGAAAGACCAGCAGGAGCUCACCCAGACCACCCAAUCAUCUGACAUGGUAUCUGGAACCUCCCUGCUCACCACUGGACAGGUUUUUGAGAAAAGGAUCUGGUCUGUUGCUCGUAACAUCUACUACAGUCUGGAAAGUAAGAUUACGGAGUUUCUCAGAAAAGAUCUUCAAAGAUCAGACACAACACUUGGUUCAAUCCAAAUCUUUACAUAUCAAAGCAGUCCUGCAUCACAAAGAGCAAGUCUCGGCCAUCUUGAGGUCAACCAGAGCAGUGUUACACCUGGAGGAAACGUUGCCUGUGUGGACAUUCCGCACAAAUUACUACCUAAAACCUCUGAGCUCUCAGGAUCCAUGCUGGAGGAUAUUGACACGAUCCGUUGUAGGAGUGCUGACAGCCAAAAUACAAGAAAUACCUCUUCUUCACGCUCCUCCAUCUCUCUAACACCUACUUCAAAAUUAAGGCAGUCGAAAUGGCACUUUGCCUUACCCGGGACUCCCAUCCCCACUGAGUUUCCUGCUCAGAUUGACUUUCCCAUUGUUAGAAACACAAUCAUUGAGGACUUCUUUCACACAGAGGACUUACUUCCUGUAACCUUUGUGGACAAAGUCAGGCAAGCUGCUGGGGUGGUAGUGGACAUUAUGGUGGAAAGUGUUGAGAACACACAGGAAGAUGGACAGGGUGCUUCUCAUCUUGACGACCUCCGAUCUGCUGUUAGGAAAUUGAGAAAAAUAAUUUCCACUUGGACCAUCCACAUUUUCAGUCAUGAAUUGGUGGAUAAAGUGAUAGCCCUUCAGGACAGCCACAGCACUCCACAGGUCUUAACAUUGGAAGCAGCCAAAAGUGCUUCAGACUCCAUUCUUUCAAGGCUGAAAUGGGGAAAGGAACAAUGUGCCAUAUCCAAGGAGCUCUCCUCUCAGCUUCUCCAGAUAUUUGCUGAAGAGACAGUGAAGGGCUUCCUGAGACAGUGGUCAGAUGAGUAUGAAAACAUAAACUUUGAUGUUUCAGUCCAGAACGAUCCAAAGACUACUACUUGCAUGGUCAUUCUUCAAAUGAUCACCAAAGCCACUGCUAAAUGUUAUUUUGAGUCCACUACCAGUGUGGCCACCAGUGACAUUGUAGAAGGCGUGUUUGAUUUGGAAAGGGAUACCAUCAGCAGUACUGGAGAGCAGGUCCUCACCUUUAACACAAAGGGUUCCAAGAAAGUUAGUAAGAACCUCUGUCCUCAAGAGUCUCUGGAGUACCAGCCUCAGAACAUUUCCCCUACUGUGUACUUUACAGAGACGAUGACAACAUCUCAUGGCUCCUUUUCUCCAGAGGGAAUUUAUGAUAUCGCAUCGUCCUUCCCACUUGAAGAGAAGAGUCACAAACCCUCCCUUUUCACCAGAUUGUCUAGAUCCAUCACGAAAGGCUUUCUCAGCCCAUUCAAAUCUUCAAGGAAAACCAAAUUAUUUAAAUAAAUUCCUCAUUAUAAACAACGAGAGCAUUCAUUUGUUCAGAUGAGAAUCUAAUCGUAUUGGUCACAUACGCAGAAAACAACUGUGAGAUCCUUUAUUACGAGCACAUUCCCAACAAUGCA